GAAGGCCAUCAUACCCGACAAGCCACAGCCUUUUUGUAUCUUGGCUGCUCAAGACAUUUCAUCGUCACCGCAACCACGUCUUUGACAGGCUUCUAGAGCAUCAAUCGAAUCGAGCACACGACGCCUUACGAACUGAAAUACAAUACCUCAAUCUUUGCCCUACCUCAACCGCUGCAUUUCAUUCCCAACGGCAGUUUCCCGAGCGCAACCGUGCAUUUAACGUCCAGACCAGAAUAUUAGGUGUUACACAGCAUCCUUCUGUGGUACAAAACGAAGCUUGCUCACGGAAGAGUCUCGGAUACAUACGGCGAAUAUACCGCAAUCGGUCCCUUCGGAUCAAUUUAUGAGGUGCUCUUUCUGAACACUGAACGGAGAGGGAGGAGAAGACAUAAUUCGACAGGCCUGUAGCAGACACGCUGAGUAGCCCGGGUCCUCAUUUUGAACACAUCAAUUCGCAGAGACCAGCACCGGUCCAGAGUCUAGCGCAAUGAUCAGGAAGAAAUCAACCAUAUCAUCAACCUGGCCAUUCACACCUGAACCGUCGCCACGUCUAGAGCCUACGGUAUAUCCACUGGACGACAUACAGGAAGAUUUCACCAUGUCCAUGUCGGGCGACGAAGAAAUGCCCCGGGCUCGCCCCAUUAGCAUGGCGGCUCGAAGGGAGGGCAUCAUGUCUCCGGGCAGACCGACAUUGGAGGAUGUACUCAACAACAAAGCACCAUCACCUUACACAUUGGCCGCAUAUACAGCCUUCUUAUCACAGCAACAUUGUUUAGAAACACUGGAAUUUACCACCGAAGCAAAGCGAUACGCCGAAAAAUACGAUGAUGUUGCAGCCAGCUUAGCAGGGAUGCCCAUCACCGUCGACACACACGAAGGAUGGGAGCUGAUACAAGAUUGGACAAGAAUCAUGGACAUCUACGUCAAGCCAGGUGCCCCUCGAGAAAUCAACCUUCCAGCCGAAGAACGAGAUGAUCUGGUGGAUCUGCCGUGCGAGGUGAGACCUCCUCGGCCAGAAUUGCUGGACGCCGCUGUCAAACGAAUGUACGAUCUGAUGUCCGAGUCGAUCUUUAUUCCCUUCUGCAACAGUCUCAAACAGCUCCCGUACGCUCAGACCUACAACACCAUGUCGGAGUAUAUGCAUGAGUCAGAACCACCGCGAUUGACCUUUGAUGAUCGCACAAUGCUUCAUCACCAACCGUCGCGGCGGCGACGGUCCCCGCCAAACACGUCAGCAGUCACAUUCGAGCCAUCACGGUCACCUCCUCAACAGCGAACCUCGACACAAUCCUCCGCACUUUCCACAGCACUGAGUCGACAAAGCGGUUCACGGCUGUCUACCCAUCUAUCACACUCUUCGGCCAUGUCAGGAACGUCCGAGAGUGCGUUGACUGACAGCAGUGGACCUGAUAGUCCGCCUGGUGCGGAAGAUCCUGCCAUCACACCUCCUACGACACCGCCUACGAGCGAUAUGGGCAUGAGCGGCAUGAGUCAUAUCACCGGCACAGCAGCUGUCCAUGUAGCCAAAACGCAACGGAGCGAAAGUGGAGGUUGGAAAAAAGCCAUGAAAAUCUUUGGAGGGAAGAAGAAAAUCGGCAGCUCAUUCGAGGAAUAAGCAAGAAGCGAUUCUUUCCAUUCUUUGUCGACUUAGCAUGGACUACGACUCGGGUAUGGGAGCCAUGCAAGGCUUGGGAGUCUCUGGGAAAAAGGGCACAGCAUUUACGGGACAUGGAUUGUCAGUUAGCAUUGAGGUCUACAAUGCGGUCACGAGAUACGAUAUUGCAUGAGGCGUUGGGAUUGGAAUUGUUUGGGUGUCCUUGUGAGAAGCAUCAUUUCUGAGGUUUG